AUGAACGACGGCAAUGGGCGGGCGCUCUGGAUCCGACAUCCGCUGGCCGCGCUGGUGCCCGACGGCGUCGAUGCGCGCGGCGGGCUGCUGGUCCGGGACGGGGUUAUCGAGGCGGUGAUUGCGGCCGGCGAAACACCGGCCGAACCGCAUGACGUGUUCGACGCUUCGCGCCAUGUCGUGCUGCCCGGGCUGAUCAACACCCAUCAUCAUUUCUACCAGACGCUGACGCGCGCCCAUCCGGCGGCGAUCAACCGGGAGCUGUUCGACUGGCUCAAGGCGCUCUAUCCGCUCUGGGCGCGGCUGACGCCGGACCAUCUGCGCAUCGCCACCCGGCUGGCGCUGACCGAACUGAUGCUGUCGGGCGUCACCUGCGCGUCGGACCAUCAUUACGUCUUCCCUGACGGGCUGGACGAGGCGAUGGACAUCCAGGCCGGGGAGGCGGCGGCGCUCGGCAUGCGGAUCGUGCUCAAUCGCGGCUCGAUGAACCUUUCGGUGCGCGAUGGCGGCCUGCCGCCGGACAGCGUCGUUCAGGAUGCCGACACGAUCCUCGCCGACUGCGAGCGGGUGAUCGGCCGCCAUCACGAUCCGGCGCCGGGCGCGAUGACGCAGGUGGCGCUGGCGCCAUGCUCGCCCUUUUCGGUGACUCGGGAGCUGAUGGCCGAGACCGCCGCGCUAGCCGGCCGCUGCGGCUGCGCGCUGCACACCCAUCUGGCCGAGACGUUCGACGAAAACGCGUUCUGCGAGGCGACCUAUGGCUGCCGGCCGGUCGACUAUCUGGAAGAGACCGGAUGGCUGACCGACCGGACAUGGCUGGCCCACGGCAUCCAUUUCAACGACGAGGAGAUGGCGCGGCUCGGCCGCGCAGGCGUCGGCGUCUGCCAUUGCCCCACCUCGAACAUGGUGCUCGCCUCGGGCCAGUGCCGGACGCGCGAACUGGAGGCCGCGGGCGUUGCGGUGGGCCUUGGCGUCGACGGCUCGGCCUCCAACGAUUCCUCCAAUCUGAUGGAGGGCGUGCGGCACGCGCUGAUGAUCGGCCGGCUGACCUACGACGCCUCUCUGACCCAUCUGGACGCGCUGCGCUGGGCGACCGAAGGGUCGGCGCGGUGCCUGGGACGAAGUGACAUCGGCACGAUCGCGCCGGGAAGGCAGGCCGACCUGGCGCUGUUCACGCUCGACGAAUUGCGCUUUUCGGGCGCGCACGACCCGCUGGCCGCGCUCGUUCUGUGUGGCGCGCACCGGGCCGACCGGGUGAUGAUCGCCGGGCGCUGGACGGUCGAGGACGGCGCGCCGGUCGGCGUCGAUAUCGCGGCGCUGCGGCAUGCCCACGGUCAGGCGGCGCGGGCGUUCAUGGACGGCUGA